CGAACUCAGUUUUUCGUCGGCAUCGCGACGAGUAACUGAAACUCGAGUGAUCAUCAGUCAUGAGGCUGCAUCUGAUGAUAUCGCUAAUGUUAGCUAGCGGUAUAGCAGUUACCGCUGGAAGAAAUUCAGAGCAACGGAAGAGAACUAUUGAGGAGAAGAAAUACCAAAAAAGAGAGUUGGACGGUUUGCAGGGAUACAGUUUUCAGCAGGAACAGCAGGAACAGCUAUACGGUCCGCCAUCGAUUCCAUCGGCUCCAGCAGCUCCAGCACCUCCAGUUUAUGAAAUUCCAGCGCCAGACCUCGCGCAUCCGAUACCGGGACACGUACCGGAACAGCCAGCCAUAGCUGUUGGACAUCCAAUAGCGGCAGUACCAGUAGCUUUUCCACAACCGAUACCGCAUCCGGUACCGCAACCGAUCGCGGUGCCUAUAGCGGUGCCGGUCACCAAACACAUACCGGUUCCCGUAGCCGUGGAGAAGAUCGUUCACGUGGCAGUGCCGUUUCCUAAACCGUAUCCUGUCACUGUAGAGAAGGUCGUUCACGUGGAUCGGCCGGUCGCGGUGCCGGUUGAGAAACCGGUGCAUGUGCCGGUGGAUCGGCCGAUACAUGUCCCGGUACCGGUGCCUAAACCAUAUCCCGUCACCUUCGAGAAGAUCGUGCACGUGGAUCGGCCGUAUCCAGUACACGUGGCUGUACCGGUACACGUGCCGAAACCGUAUCCGGUGCCGGUUACCAUACAUGCGCACUAUAAAUCGCAUGGCUGGUGAUAAUGCAUCUCCGUCUCGACGAUAUUAUGUAUUCAUCGCUUAUCGUUACUUAAUCUAUCCAUAAUUUGUGUAAUAUAAUGAUAGCGCAUUAUAUAAGUGCAAUUAUAUUCUAGACAUUUUAUUAAUCAUAAUUAAUCUUGCCUGUAAAUAUAUAAUAUAUUAAGAAUUGAUAAAUCUUCAUCUA